UAGUGGUCCGACAGGCAUGACGGUGAAGAGAAACUGGGUCACCGAUUGAAAAUCGUUUAUGUCACAGUUCUGUACGUCGCUGUUGGAUGAUUCCCAGCGCUGUUCAAUGGACAGACGGACGUCGCCGGACGGGCGUGUGUCUUUUGAUAGAAAGCCAGUUGCUUAAAGAACAACUCCCUCAGGAACGGACAUAUUACGUCAAUCUGGAUGAAACGGAGACAAGUGGAAUCAAACCAGACUAAGGCCAGAUCAAGACCAACCAGGCCAGACUGAUCCAGACACAACCAGGCCAGUCUAGGAAACGUUCAAGUUUCCAAUCCAGUUGAGGGUUCACGAGUGGAUGGAAAGAGAUGAUUUUAACACACAGGCUGUGAUGAACAUCUGUGAUGACCUGAUGGCUGACCAAAGGAUGGACAUCUCCUCUACAAUGACAGACUUCAUGUCCCCGAGCUCCACUGACCUCAUCUCCAGCUCCAUCAGCACACCUAGCAUGGACUACACUCGGAAGAGGAAAGGCAGCACCACAGAUUACCAAAUUGAUGGCUUCUCAUUUGAUGACAUGGAUCCAGACAAAGAUAAGCUAGGAAGUGACCAACAAGGCCGGAUAAAGAAUGCCAGAGAGGCCCACAGCCAGAUUGAGAAGCGUCGGAGAGAUAAGAUGAACAGCUUCAUUGACGAGCUGGCGUCCCUGGUGCCCACCUGUAAUGCCAUGUCCCGCAAACUGGACAAACUCACUGUCCUGCGAAUGGCUGUCCAGCACAUGAAGACACUCAGAGGUGCAGCUAAUCCCUACACGGAGGCCAACUACAAACCCUCCUUCCUUUCAGAUGAUGAACUCAAGCACUUGAUACUGCGGGCUGCUGAUGGCUUCCUGUUUGUGGUUGGGUGUGACCGUGGCAAGAUACUCUUUGUUUCAGAGUCUGUCUAUAAGAUUCUUAACUACAGCCAGAACGACCUGAUAGGUCAGAGCCUGUUUGACUACCUUCAUCCCAAGGACAUCGCCAAGGUCAAAGAACAGCUGUCGUCUUCUGAUACAGCCCCCCGCGAGAGGCUGAUUGACGCUAAAACUGGUCUUCCGGUGAAGACUGACAUCACACCGGGUCCAUCUCGACUCUGUUCUGGAGCCAGAAGGUCAUUUUUCUGCAGGAUGAAGUGCAAUCGGCCUUCUGUUAAAGUGGAGGAUAAAGACUUUCCUUCCACCUGCUCAAAGAAAAAAGUGGACCGAAAGAGCUUCUGCACCAUCCACAGUACGGGCUACUUGAAGAGCUGGCCGCCCACCAAGAUGGGUCUCGACGAGGACAACGAGCCCGACAAUGAGGGGUGCAACCUGAGCUGCCUGGUGGCCAUUGGCAGGCUGCACCCCCACAUCGUCCCCCAAUCCAGCCUGGCUGAUAUCAGGGUGAAGCCCACAGAGUACGUCUCCCGGCACGCCAUCGACGGCAAAUUUGUCUUUGUUGACCAGAGAGCCACAGCCAUCCUGGCGUAUCUGCCCCAGGAGCUGCUGGGAACUUCGUUCUAUGAAUAUUUCCACCAAGACGACAUCGGCCACCUUGCGGAGUGCCACAGACAAGUGCUGCAGAUGAGAGAAAAGAUCAGCACCAACUGUUACAAAUUUAAGAUCAAAGACGGCUCCUUCAUCACACUGAGGAGCCGAUGGUUCAGCUUCAUGAACCCUUGGACCAAGGAAGUGGAGUACAUUGUCUCCACCAACACUGUGGUUUCGUGUCCUGUGAUGGAAGGAUCAGACUACCCUCAGUCCGCUGCCUCACCACAGAGCAUGGACAGCGUUCUCACGUCAGAAGGUGGAGGAAGGCGGGCACUGCAGGCGGUGCCUGGCAUUCCUGGUGGGACACGGGCAGGAGCUGGAAAGAUCGGCCGUAUGAUUGCAGACGAAGUGAUGGAGAUCCAGAGGAUUCGAGGCUCCUCCCCCUCCAGCUGUGGGUCAAGCCCUCUGAACAUCACCAGCACGCCGCCGCCUGACACCUGCUCACCCGGUGGCAAGAAGAUUCAGAACGGAGGCACGCCUGAACUGCCGAGCACUGGGAUCAUUCCCGGACUGGAUUCUGUGGGUUAUCCGUACUCCAACCAGUCCAUCAUGAGUGAGAACUCGCACCUGAGUAUUGACAUCAUGGACGAACCCGGGUCCAGCAGCCCCAGUAAUGACGAGGCGGCCAUGGCGGUCAUCAUGUCACUGCUGGAGGCGGACGCCGGCCUGGGUGGGCCCGUGGACUUCAGCGACCUCCCUUGGCCUUUGUGAGAUCUGAUACUCUCUGGAGCCACCGGCAGAAAGAGUUUGGCCCGGCUGCCUCUCCACAAUCCACUGCAAACACUGUCCAUCUUAACAAACCAGUCCAGGAUCACGGUUUCAAACUUCAGUGCAUCUUCGUUUGUGAGAGGCGUUAUUUUGCAAACCCGUAACGGCGUGUUUUCAUCACAUACGAUGGCGUCUCUCACGGCAACACGUGAUGGACGUUUACAUUAAAAUCCUAAAGCCGUGUCUUAAGGUGGCUGUCUGAGAGGGGCAGGAUGUGAUGUCACACAGUCGGCUCCUCGAUGCCGAUUGGAUGGUCACAAACUGGACAAUGUUGAUGGCAGAAUGGAACGCGGCUUUAAGUUUAUUUAAUUAAGAGAAAAUAAUAAUUUUGCAGUGUUUGUUGAACAUUAUGACUGAAUUUUGUCAAACGGCGGUUCUGCUUCCCGUUUGACCGGGUCAGUGACCCAGAACAAACGCAGGAGUCCUACGCUAUUCCAGGACCAUGGAUGUUGUGCGGUGUUGGCGCAGUGGGAGGAGACAUUCAGUUUCUCCCGCCUGCUUGGAAAAGUCCGUUCACAACCAGUAGGAGCCACCAGAUCUGAGACGAAAAAUGUUCCUGAUUUGUUUGGCCCUCAAAGGAAAAAACCCAAACCACUUCCUGUUUGAUGAAAUCUCAAGUUUAAGUUUCUCAUUUCCUCCGCGUUACUCUGAGCUCACGUCUGUGAAGUGAGAUGCAUUUAAAAAAAAAAAAAAAAAAUCUUGAGAAUGUCGUAUGUUCAUGCAAUUAAGAUAAAAUUGCAAGAACGAGCUGGUGCGCUGUUGUUUAAAACGGUUGGCAGGUUCUUUUGCACGUUUUUGCUGUGCGAAGUGUUUAAAAAGUAACGGAGGAAGCGACGUAAACGCUGCGAUUUGUGCAGAAGCAGAGUUAUCUCUUCUAUCCUCACAAAAAGCCGGGAAACGUUCUUCACUGCCAUUUUCCUGAGGUCUGCACCACCUACAGGUGAACUGGUGCUGUUAGUGUCAUUAUCAUUCACAUGCAAACACAUUCUCCUGGACUCUUGCAUGGUGUCCACACGAAGCCCUUAGAGACGGCUGAGCGGGGACCGUCGUCACUACCUGAGCUUGAAUUUUGUCCAAGAAGUCUUUCAGCUGGAGUCUUUGGAACUCGUUGCGUUGUCGGAAGCUAAAAAUACCUCUGAGAUGAAUUCUACUGCAGCAACUAAUGACUUAUUUUUACAGUCCUGCAGCUACUCUAGAACUUUGGACUCUUUAGAACUUCACACAGAUGUACUGUGGCCACAUGAAACCUUCAAUGCAAACUACCUUUUGAGUCUGAGGGCUACUUCUAGACGGGUCGAGUGUCGAAACGGAUAAACGUAAGAUGAUGAAGAGAUGAGAAGCCAGCAGAAUCCACGGCGAUAGAACUAAUCCUUGAAAAGUGAGACUACAGGGUCAGGAGGGAACACGAGUCUGCUAGGUUUCCUCCACCAUGGUUAACUUCCUCAACAUAAGCUGUUAAGCUCACCUCCAAAGUCUCUCGCGUGUGGGGUGCCACUUUUGGGCAGCAUCAAAGUCAUCUUUGUGUCGGGCGCCGCUUUUGGGCACCUCCAAAGUCGCCCCCACAUGCGCUGCCGCUUUUGGGCAGCAUCCAAGUCACCCCAUGUCUGGAGCCGCUUUUGGGCAGCCAAUAGUCAGCUUGAUCAGAGGUUGGUGGAUCAAUAAUCUUACUGGAAAAUUCAUUUUCUUCAGUGUGCAGAUUCUCCAGAAUGCACCUGGAAAGUAACUCCAUGUCUAAUUAUUUUUUUAAUUGUCGGGGGCUGUCCUUACAAGAAUCAAGUUUCAAGUUAUGAGAACAAAAUCUUUGAGCGUGGCGGCAAAGAUGUAAAGUUGCAAGAAUAAAGUUUGGAACAUUGGACGCCACAAGUAUUAAACAUUUGACUUAUUUUUUAUUUUCUUGCCAAACUUGAUUUUCAUGAAUGUAAUCUCGUAUAAUUGCAACUUUAUUCGCAUGUCUUUUUUUUUUUAGCUUAUGAAAAGUUUGCAUCAACAACUCAUGCCCAUAAGAGAUAAUUUUGUGAAUACAUAUUUAAUACCUCUUACAGGACAGACAAUAUAAAUUUUAGUUAUUACUUUGGAGUCCAAGUAGCACUGCACAUUAUCCCCUCCCUCUCUGAGCACUUUUGUUUUUUUAAAGUCACUUUUACAGCAUCCUGUUUAAAAAAAAAAAAAAGACAACUUUGCAGGAUGCAGAAUGGUCCACACUGUAACAGAAGCGUUAGGCUCCGCCCCGUCCUCUGAUCAUCCUGAGUUUUCUCCAUCUUACCCAUUUUAGUGGUUCUGUCUGUUUCUAUGCUUCACACUACGUGUUGCCCCUGUUAUCCCUCCCCCCACUAAAAAAAAUGUAUCAAAUCUUUAAAUAUUAUCAUGUUAAGAGUAUACUUUAUGCAAAUAUCUAUGAUGAGUGUAUUGUAUGUAUCAGCAGUGAAAUAUUUUUAAAAUAAAAUUGUUUCUGUUAUUGUG